AUGCAAAACAAACAUUACUUCGUCUCUAUCGAGGGCCUGCACCGCAUACAGACCGAAUAUCCGACUGACGCAGACCCCUCACCACCUCCUCUCCGUCGUGCUCCUCCUAUCACUACUACUAUUACCGGGACAGCAAAAGUGUCUCCGUGGUAUAACCCGUGUGGUCUGUCCCGAAAGACCAAGUGGAUGAUCAUUAUGACAGGACUCCUCGUCGCGGGAGUAAUCUUGGGUACCGUCGUGGGUGGAGUCGUGGGCUCGAGGAACACGAGCGAUCAAUAUCCGGACUACAGUCCGCUGCAGUACCGGCUAACAAAUGAUUACAUGGGCCCCAACUUCUUUGGCCACUUUUAUUAUUUCAGCGAAGACGAUCCUACGAGGGGGACGGUUGACUACGUCGACCGCGCAACGGCCCAGGACCUAAAUCUGACAUAUACCACCGACAACUCGGCCGUUCUCAAGGUAGACACUGUUAACCCAGCCACUGAGCGUGGCCGUCGGUCUGUCCGCAUCGAGUCAAAGGCGCAAUACGACCAUGGUCUAUUUAUCAUUGAUAUCACCCACACACCAGUCGGUUGUGGGACAUGGCCCGCGGUUUGGCUGCUAGGUCCCGACCAUCCCUGGCAUGGUGAGAUUGAUAUCGUGGAGACGGACAACCUGGCUCUGGAUGGGAAUAUCGUGACUCUGCACACCUGGGAAGGCUGUCGCGUGGAGGACGUCGAACGGAAACAAACCGGGAAGAAAGGCAAGUGGAAUUGCGGUGAUGGCGACAGGGAUGGAUGCGAUGUCCAAGGCUACCCAGAGUCUGAUGGGGAGCGGAUGAAUCAUAUGGGAGGAGGUGUUUAUGCCCUGGAACUGCGGGAGGCUGGUAUUAGGAUCUGGUUCUUCCGCCGCAGCCAGAUCCCACCAGAUAUCUCGACUAACCCGGAUCCAUCGACGUGGGGACUUCCGUUGGCUGAUUUCCCGAACACAAAGUGUGACAUUCUGUCACAUUUCAACAACAUGAGCAUCGUCAUCAAUAUUGCUCUUUGUGGUCAACAAGGUGCUGAUCCGAAGCUCUAUACUGACCAGUACCAGUGUCCGGGGAAUUGUUCGGAUUUUGUAAGGAACAACCCGGAAUAUUUCAUCGACGCGUACUGGGAGUUUAAGGGCUUCAAGGUGUUCCAGGCCUGGUAA